AUGGCCAGCAAUCUCAUUCGGAGAUUCCGCGAUGCGGUCCCAAAGCCAUCACUCAAGGCAAAAGGAACCGAGAAUGUUCAUGGAGAAGAUAUGUGGUUGGACAACGACGAUGUGCGACCUUUAAAGCUCGCUGAUCGGACUUGGAAUCUCUGGACAUAUCUUACUUUCUGGUUCUCAGCUACAGCAACAGUAUCAGGCUGGUAUGCUGCCGCUAGUGCACAGGCUCUAGGCCUAAGUAUGUGGGAGUCGGUCGGUACUGCAUUUGGCGGUCAAGUUGUCAUCGCGAUUGUCAUUGUUUUCAAUGGUCGAGCUGGAGCAAAGUACCAUAUUGGUUUUCCAAUUCUCAAUCGAGCAUCAUUUGGAGUGUUUGGUGCUUGGUGGCCCACGUUCAACCGAGCUGUUAUGGCUAUCGUUUGGAAUGGUGUGAAUGCGGUUCAAGGUGGGCAAUGUGUCUAUGUGAUGCUUCACGCGUUGUUUCCAAGCAUUGCCACUAUCAAGAAUGUAAUGGGUGAAGGGUCUGCUUUGGACUCCGGUGGGAUGAUCGGAUUUGUCGUAUUCUGGGUUUGCACUUGCUUUUUCUUGGUCAUCCCUAUUCCAAAGAUGAAAGGCUUGGUUUACGCAAAACUUAUUGUCUUUGUCAUUUCUGCAAUCUCCAUGCUGGCAUGGACUCUCACCAAAGCAGGUGGAAUCGGUCAUGUCGUCUCCCAACCCGGCACAGCUAAGGGGUCCGAGAGGACCUGGCUCAUGAUUCGAUUCUUUCUACUGGGAGCAGCAAACUGCGCAACCUUCGCGUCCAAUGCUGCCGAUUUUCAACGCUACGCUACCAAACCAAAUGAUGUGAUCAUAGGUAACCUAGUAGGCUUCCCCGUCGCCAAUCUCCUCGUUGCUAUAGUCGGAAAUCUGGUCGCCGCAUCCUCACAAGCCAUAACUGGUGAACUGAUCUGGAACCCCAUAACCUUCCUCGACACCCUUCAAUCCUCCUCCUACACCCCGGGCAACCGCGCCGGUUGUUUCUUCAUCGCAGCCUGCUUCUCCUACUCCGCCAUCUUCUCCUCCAUCUUCGAAAACAGUCUUCCGGCUGGAAACGAUAUCGCAGCGCUCUUCCCUAAGUACCUCACCGUCCGCAAGGGCUUCUUCAUCUGCGCCGUCGUCAGUUUCGCUAUCAACCCAUGGUAUCUCCUCGGCUCCGCAUCAAUCUUCAUCUCCUUCCUCGCAUCCUACCAGAUCUUCCUCUCCUCCAUCACCGGCGUGCUACUCUGCCACUACUACAUCAUCACGCGUGGCUACCUCGAAAUCGAAGACCUUUACACCUCUCGUAAGGACGGCGUCUACCACUACUUCCACGGCUGGAACUGGCGCGCCUAUCUCGCCUACGUGAUUGGCAUUGCCCCGAAUUUCUACGGCUUCCUGAAUAAUAUGGGCGUUGAUGCGCCGAUUGGCAUAACGAAAGCGUAUUAUUUCGCGUAUGAAAUUGGAUUGUUUUUGUCCUUCUUUACGUAUUGGGCUGCGUGUACGUGGAGUCCGCCGGCGCUUACGGUGCCGUUGAGUGAGUGGAGAGAACCGAGGGAUUAUGUUAGGCCGGAGGAGAGGGGGGAGGUUAUUGAGGGGGUGGUUGAGGAUGUGGAGUUUGGGAAUGGGGGUGGGGAGAAGGGGGUUGGAGGGGGGGUUAGGGGGAUGGAGAAGAGUGAGAGUAUUGGGUAG